AUGGCGGAAGGAGGGGAGCGAGAGGAGCCGCUCUCGCCGCCGCCGGUCUCUCCGGCUAAGCGCCUGUGCUCCUGGCCCAGCCCGCGGGCUCACCACCCCCGCGGGGCGCCCGGGGCGGCCGGCGGCGGGGCGGGGGGCGGCGGCGGCGGCUGCCUGCCCCCCGGGGCCCGCCCCCACCUGCAGCCCGAGUCCCUGCUGGACUGCGCCGCCAAGACGGUGGCGGAAAAGUGGGCGUACGAGCGGGUGGAGGAGCGCUUCGAGCGGAUCCCGGAGCCCGUGCAGCGCCGCAUCGUCUACUGGUCCUUCCCGCGGAAUGAGCGGGAGAUCUGCAUGUACUCCAGCUUCCAGUCCCGCGGCGGCCCCGGCGCCGGCGCCGGCGCGGUUGGCGGCGCCUCAGGAGCUUCGCCUGCUGAGGAGGGGCCGCCGCCGCCGCCCCCCGGGGCUGCCGCCGCCGCUCCGGCCGGCUCCGCCCCCGGGCCCGCCGCGGCCGGAGCGUCCCCCGGACUCGGCGCCGGGGUCGCGGCGGCCGGCGAGGGGCUGCCGUUCCGCCGGGGCAUCCGCCUGCUGGACAGCGGCUCCGUGGAGAACGUGCUGCAAGUCGGCUUCCAUCUCAGUGGCACAGUGACUGAGCCAGCCACUACUUCUGAACCAGCAAUGACUUACAAAGUUGCAAUCAGUUUUGAUCGAUGCAAAAUCACUUCAGUGACAUGUGGCUGUGGCAACAAGGACAUAUUCUACUGUGCUCAUGUGGUAGCACUCUCACUCUACAGGAUCCGUAAACCAGACCAAGUCAAAUUGCGUCUUCCUAUCUCAGAAACCCUUUUCCAGAUGAAUAGGGACCAGCUACAAAAGUUUAUUCAAUAUUUGAUCACAGCACACCACACUGAAGUUCUUCCUACUGCACAGAAACUGGCAGAUGAGAUUCUAUCCUCCAACUCAGAAAUCAACCAAGUGAAUGGUGCUCCUGACCCCACUGCUGGAGCCAGCAUUGAUGAUGAGAACUGUUGGCAUUUGGAUGAAGAACAGGUGAAAGAACAAGUGAAGCUCUUCCUCUCCCAGGGUUGUUACUAUGGCUCUGGGAAGCAGCUCAAUUCAAUGUUUGCCAAGGUUCGAGAAAUGCUGCGAAUGAGAGAUUCCAAUGGAGCCAGGAUGCUGACACUAAUAACUGAGCAGUUUAUGGCUGACCCACGACUCACACUCUGGAGGCAGCAAGGAACAAGCAUGACAGAUAAGUGCAGGCAGCUCUGGGAUGAGCUAGGGGCCUUGUGGGUAUGCAUCAUUUUAAAUCCACAUUGCAAACUGGAGGAAAAAUCCUCUUGGCUGCAGCAACUGCAGAAGUGGAGUGACUUGGAUGUCUGUCCCCUGGAAGAUGGGAACUAUGGGCAUGAGCUGCCCAAUAUCACCAAUGCACUUCCCCAGAAUGCCAGUCACAACCCAGACUCCUUAUCCAGACCAAGACGAACAGUGUUUACUAGAGCCAUCGAGGGCCGUGAAUUGCAUUGGCAAGACAGCCACCUACAGCGAAUAAUUAGCAGCGAUAUAUAUAUAGCUCCUGCCUGUCAGCGGGAAAGUGAGAGGCUACUCUUUAAUUCCCAAGGCCAGCCACUGUGGCUUGAACAUGUGCCUACAGCCUGUGCUCGGGUAGAUGCCCUGCAUUCCCAUGGUUAUCCAAAAGAGGCUCUCAGACUCACAGUGGCCAUUAUCAAUACUUUGAGGUUGCAGCAGCAACGGCAGCUGGAAAUCUACAAGCAUCAGAAGAAAGAACUGUUGCAGAGAGGAACCACAGCCAUCACAAACCUGGAAGGCUGGGUGGGCCACCCGCUGGAUCCCAUUGGCUGCCUAUUCCUUACUUUAACUGAGGCCUGCCGCCUGAAUGAUGAUAGCUAUCUGGAAGUGUCAGAUAUGAAUGAAAGCAGACCCCCUGUGUACCAGCAUGUACCCAUGGCAGCAGGCUGCCCAAACAGCAGUGAGUCUUACCUGUCAUUGGCCUUGGAAGUGGCUCUGCUGGGGCUGGGUCAACAGAGGGUGAUGCCUGAAGGCCUCUACGCACAGGACAAGAUGUGCCGCAAUGAGGAGCAGCUCCUGAGUCGACUCCAGGAGCUUCAGCUGGAUGAUGAACUGGUGCAAACUCUACAGAAACAGUGCCUCUUACUGCUAGAAGGAGGCCCCUUCAGUGGUCUGGGAGAAGUCAUUCACCGAGAGAGUGUUCCCAUGCAUACCUUUGCCAAGUAUUUGUUCUCAGCUCUUCUGCCUCAUGAUCCAGACCUGUCCUAUAAAUUAGCCUUACGUGCCAUGAGGUUACCUGUUCUAGAAAACUCAAAUUCUACCGGGGACACUUCCCACCCUCAGCAUAUGGUGUCUGUGGUGCCCAGCCGUUAUCCUCGUUGGUUUACACUUGGACACUUGGAAUCACAGCAGUGUGAACUGGCCUCCACCAUGCUGACUGCUGCCAAAGGAGACACUCUGAGGCUCCGAACAAUCCUGGAAGCAAUACAGAAGCACAUCCAUUCUUCCUCCCUCAUCUUCAAACUGGCCCAAGAUGCAUUCAAGAUUGCUACUCCCACAGACAGUAGUACUGACAGCACCCUACUCAACGUGGCCCUGGAGCUGGGGUUACAGGUGAUGAGAAUGACCUUAUCAACCCUUAACUGGAGGCGCCGGGAGAUGGUGCGGUGGUUGGUGACCUGUGCUACAGAAGUGGGUGUGCGGGCCCUGGUGAGCAUCUUGCAGAGCUGGUACACACUCUUCACCCCCACCGAGGCUACUAGCAUCGUGGCUGCCACAGCCGUAUCCCACACCACUAUCCUGCGCCUCAGUCUUGACUAUCCACAGCGGGAGGAGCUGGCUAGUUGUGCUCGCACACUGGCCCUGCAGUGUGCUAUGAAGGAUCCACAGGGCUGUGCCCUAUCAGCCCUUACACUCUGUGAGAAAGACCACAUCGCCUUUGAGGCAGCCUACCAGAUCGCCAUUGAUGCUGCCGCUGGUGGCAUGACCCAUUCUCAGCUGUUCACCAUCGCCCGCUACAUGGAGCUCCGUGGCUACCCGCUACGUGCCUUCAAGCUGGCCUCACUGGCCAUGAGCCAUCUCAACUUAGCCUACAACCAGGACACCCAUCCGGCCAUCAAUGAUGUGCUCUGGGCAUGUGCCCUCAGCCACUCUCUGGGCAAGAAUGAGCUGGCGGCCCUCAUUCCCCUGGUGGUGAAGAGCGUGCACUGUGCCACGGUGCUCUCGGACAUCCUGCGGCGCUGCACCGUGACUGCACCUGGCCUGGCCGGCAUCCCCGGGCGCCGCAGCUCUGGAAAGCUCAUGUCCACUGACAAAGCUCCGCUGCGCCAGCUGCUGGAUGCCACCAUCAAUGCCUAUAUCAACACCACACACUCACGCCUGACACACAUCAGCCCUCGUCACUAUGGAGAGUUUAUUGAGUUUCUGAGCAAGGCUCGGGAGACCUUCCUGCUGCCACAGGAUGGCCACCUGCAGUUUGCCCAAUUCAUCGACAACCUCAAACAGAUCUACAAAGGCAAGAAGAAGCUGAUGCUACUGGUGCGAGAGCGCUUUGGCUGA